GUGCGUGUGUGUGUGGGGGGGUGCAUACAUGGGUAAAGCUAACACACCAUAGCCUUCUCUCUCACUCUACCUCUAUAUACAUACGUCCCUCUGACUUGUGGCCAUUAGCCCAUUAGGGACCAAAAACGGAUUAGCUUCCUCUCUCAAGCGCAGCUGGGAGCUCUCUCGCGAGCCAGGCCUCCAUCACGGUCUCUUCUUCUCCGGCCGGCGGAGGCCGAUGGCGGCAUCGUCGUCGACGACCAACACAUCAGAAGGCGGCGCGAAGCCGUCGUCCUUGUGCCCGAGAGGUCACUGGAGGCCGGGGGAGGACGAGAAGCUGCGCCAGCUCGUGGAGAAGUACGGACCCCAGAACUGGAACUCCAUAGCCGAGAAGCUCGAGGGCAGAUCAGGCAAGAGCUGCCGUCUCCGGUGGUUCAACCAGCUUGACCCGCGGAUCAACAAGCGGCCGUUCACGGAGGAGGAGGAGGAGCGUCUGCUGGCGGCGCACCGCGUCCACGGCAACAAGUGGGCUCUCAUCGCCCGCCACUUUCCUGGCCGCACCGACAACGCCGUCAAGAACCAUUGGCACGUCGUCAGGGCCCGCCGCAGCCGCGAGCGCUGCAGGCUCCUCGCCAAGGCCGCAUCGUCCACCUUCCCGUCCUACUCCUACAGCGGCGGUGCCCAGCUCGACUUCACCGGCGCGUCGGCCGGCUCGUUCUGUUUUGGGUUCUCCAAGCCAGGUGGUGGCGGUUUCUUCGGCUCACCGCCGGCGGCAGCGGCGGCGCCUUCUUCUACUCCAGUAUUGUUCAAUGGCUACGGCGUCGGCGCUUCAGGAAGCAAGAGCUUGCUGUCAAGGUACAGUAGCUACGUGGACGGUGGCAAGCAACCGGCGGCGCCAUCUUCUCUCUCCAUCGCCUUCUCCUCGCCACCUUCCAUAGAAGCACUAGCGCUGGAUGGCCGUGGCGGCCAUGAUCAUCACCGCAGGAAGGAUUACCAUGUCGACGGCGACGAGCCACUGAAAACGAAGGAUGCGCCACCGUUCAUCGACUUCCUUGGCGUCGGCGUGUCCUCGUGAACUGGGGCACGGGAACGAUCGAUCGCAGGAGGCGGCCGGCUGCCGCCUCCAUCAAUUUGUCGAUCGAUCAGUGUUGUUAGAGCAUUGCAUCGCCGUUAAUUGGUAAUUAAUUGGCUAGAUAGGCGCAUGCAUGCAUUGUUUAUGGCAGCGAUCGAGGACUAGGGGGGCCUUAAGUAGAACUGUCAUGGUCAUGUGUUGAACUGUUGAACAUGAUCAUGUGUUGGACUGUUGAUCGAUCAAAUAAGGUUUGUGCCA